GUGGAGAGAGAAUGUAUCUAUAAACACGUCUCUCCAAACAAAAAAUAACCUUGCAAAUCCUAUUUUUCCCUGAUUACUACCUCUCUUUCUCUCUCUAGAAAAAACCUCAUUUUCUCUCUCUAUAAUUUUCUCUCUCUUCCCUGGACAUCAUCGACCGGUAAAUCCAGUUAUCUCGACCUCUGUAUCCGAAAUCGGUCGUUAUCCUCACCAGCCGGCGCGGAUUAGCCGCCGACCAUACUUAUCACUCCCAAUAUCUUGUAUAAAUCCCCGAAACCGAUUAUAUUUUAACGAUUUUAUCGCCGCCGGCGCGUCAGUUUUCGGCGUCGCCACCGUCUGACGUGUGCACGAUAUUUACUGUGCACCUUCUCCCUGUUUCUCUCUCUACUUUGACCGAAUUCGCAAAGCAAUUUUUCUCUCUCUACGGUGAGAAUCAGAAGAUAACAGAGAAAUUAAUUGCCUGUUGCUUCAGUGAUAGUUAAUGCUUUCCAUCUGAAUCAGUUGCCAUAUGUAGUAAAGAAGUGUAAGUAAAAAUCACUGAAAUUCCAUGUUAAGAGAAGAUGGCAUUUUUUAGGAACUGCUCGAGUGAAACAGUUUCACAGUCUGUCUUGGAUGAGAAGGGCCAGGAGCAAAGUACAGAUAGAGUUCACAGCAUGGUAGAAAAUGAUUAUGUAGAUGCGACUUCGAGCAAUAAAGAUCUUGAAAGAAGGACAGAAGCGCAGUAUCAAAGUGAUGGCGAACCAGAUGAUGCUGUUAGGUUGCAAGAUGAGGCUGCCACAGAUAAUGGUAUGAUGGCGAAUUUGCAGCCUUUUGGAAGGAAAACUCUUGCUGGAAAAUGGGGUUCGACUUUUUGGAAGGACUGUCAACCCAUGCAUCCUCGAGCUGGAUCGGAAUCUGGGCAGGAGUCGAAGAGUGGAUCUGAAUAUAAUAAAAAUGAGGUAGGAUCUGAGGAUGAUUCAUCAGAUAACAGGGAAGAUAGGUUAGAGUCUGAAGAUUAUGAUGGCCAGAAAAAUGUGGACAAAGUUCGAAGGGGCCAUGUUGAUGUCCCUGCGGAUGAGAUGCUGUCCGAUGAUUACUAUGAGCAGGAUGGAGAUGAUCAGAGUGACUCGUUGCAUUACAGAAUGCUACACCAUUCGAGUGGUUUUAAUUCCAAGCCACAAUUGAGGCCUGUGGCUGCAAACAACAAUGUUUCUAGGAAUUCAAAAGCUUCAAAUGGCAAAAAGUAUGAUGUUGAUGAUGGUGAUUAUGAAGAUGAUGAUGAUGAAGAUGAAGAUGAUCCUGAUGAUGCAGACUUUGAUCCUGAUUAUGGUGCCACAGGUGGCCGCACGGGGUACAAGUACCAGAAUGAAGACUGGGAUGCUGAAGAUUCUGAUGAAGAUGUUAACGGUGAUGAUGAUGAUGAUGAUCUGGAUAUCUCAGAUGAAGAUGAUACUUAUUAUAGGAAAUCAAGGGGUAGGCAACGAGGUAAGGGUGGACGUAGUAUAAAGUCUACCAGGGAACUUAAAUCAUAUACAUCAUCUAGUCGGCGUAAAAGGGGUAGAACAUCAUUUGAAGAGGAAGGCUCCUCUGCAAAGGACACAGAGAAUGAAAGUGAUGAGGAUUUCAGAAGUUUGACAAGAAGAGGUGCAUAUCUCCGCAAAAACAAUGGUGGUCGGUCCACAUCUUCAAAGAUCUCUAGAAAGCUCAGCGAACCCCGAACAUCAAGUCGGUCAGUGCGAAAAGUAUCUUAUGCCGAAAGCGAAGAAAGUGAAGAAUUAGAUGAAGGCAAGAAAAAAAGGAGCCAAAAGGAGGAGAUUGAAGAGGAAGACGGUGACUCAAUUGAAAAGGUGUUGUGGCAUCAGCCAAAGGGCAUGGCUGAAGAAGCUUUAAGGAACAACAAAUUAACAGAGCCUGUGUUGUUAAGCCACUUAUUUGACUCUGAACCAGAUUGGAAUGAGAUGGAAUUUUUUAUAAAAUGGAAAGGCCAGUCACAUUUGCAUUGUCAAUGGAAAUCAUUUUCUGAGCUACAAAAUCUUAGUGGUUUUAAGAAGGUUAUAAAUUACACGAAAAAGGUGAUGGAGGAUGUGAAGUAUCGGAAGGCUGUCUCCCGUGAGGAGAUUGAGGUCAAUGAUGUGAGCAAAGAAAUGGACUUGGAUCUCAUCAAGCAAAACAGUCAGGUGGAGAGAAUAAUUGCAGAUAGGGUCAGUAAAGAUUGUUCAGGUGAUGUGGUGCCAGAGUAUUUAGUCAAGUGGCACGGACUGUCUUAUGCUGAAGCAACUUGGGAGAAGGACAUAGACAUUGCAUUUGCUCAAGAUGCUAUUGAUGAGUAUAAGGCUCGUGAGGCUGCAAUGGCUGAGCAAGGGAAACUGGUGGAUUUUCAGCGUAGGAAGAGCAAAGCAAGUCUGAGGAAGCUUGAUGAGCAACCUGAAUGGUUGAUAGGCGGAAAACUUAGGGACUAUCAGCUUGAGGGCUUGAAUUUUCUUGUUAACAGUUGGAGAAAUGAUACAAAUGUCAUAUUAGCAGAUGAAAUGGGUCUUGGUAAAACGGUUCAGUCAGUUUCUAUGCUUGGUUUUUUACAGAACUCUCAACAGAUUCAUGGGCCAUUUCUUGUUGUUGUACCAUUAUCAACUUUGUCAAAUUGGGCCAAGGAAUUCAAAAAGUGGCUUCCUAACAUGAAUGUUAUUGUGUAUGUUGGAACUCGUGCAAGCAGAGAGGUUUGUCAGCAGUAUGAAUUUAACACUAACAAAAAAACAGGAAGGGGUAUGAAAUUUGAUGCUCUUUUGACUACAUAUGAGGUAUUGUUGAAGGAUAAGUCAGUGCUCUCCAAAAUCAAGUGGAACUAUCUUAUGGUAGAUGAAGCCCAUAGACUAAAGAACAGUGAGGCUUCACUAUAUACAACACUUUUGGAAUUUAGCACGAAAAACAAGUUGCUCAUCACUGGUACUCCGUUGCAAAACAGUGUUGAAGAACUAUGGGCUCUGCUUCAUUUUCUUGAUCCUGAUAAGUUCAGGAGCAAGGAUGAGUUUGUUCAGAAUUACAAGAAUCUUAGUUCAUUUAAUGAAAUUGAGCUUGCUAAUCUUCAUAUGGAACUGAGGCCUCACAUUCUUCGAAGAGUUAUCAAGGAUGUUGAGAAGUCCCUACCUCCAAAGAUCGAACGUAUACUUAGGGUUGAGAUGUCCCCGCUUCAGAAACAGUAUUAUAAAUGGAUUUUGGAACGCAACUUUCAGGACUUAAAUAAAGGAGUCCGUGGGAAUCAGGUCUCACUUCUAAAUAUUGUGGUAGAGUUGAAGAAAUGUUGCAAUCAUCCAUUUUUAUUCGAAAGUGCAGACCAUGGAUAUGGUGGGGAUGCAGACAUUACUGGUAGCAGUAAACUGGAGCGAAUAAUUUUAAGCAGUGGGAAACUAGUUAUACUUGAUAAACUGCUCGUUAGAUUGCAUGAGACAAAUCAUCGUGUGUUGAUUUUUUCUCAGAUGGUUAGAAUGUUGGAUAUAUUGGCAGAAUAUUUGUCAAUUAGAGGGUUCCAAUUUCAAAGGCUUGAUGGUAGUACUAAGGCUGAAAUGCGCCACCAGGCCAUGGAACAUUUUAAUGCACCUGGUAGUGAUGAUUUCUGUUUCCUUCUUUCAACUCGUGCUGGUGGCUUAGGCAUCAAUCUUGCAACAGCAGACACUGUGAUUAUAUUUGAUUCUGACUGGAAUCCACAAAAUGACCUGCAGGCAAUGAGCAGAGCUCAUAGGAUUGGGCAGCAAGAAGUUGUCAACAUCUAUCGAUUUGUUACAAGCAAGAGCGUUGAGGAAGAUAUCUUGGAGCGUGCUAAGAAGAAGAUGGUUCUUGACCAUUUGGUGAUUCAAAAACUAAAUGCUGAGGGUAGAUUGGAGAAGAAAGAAGCAAAAAAAGGAAGUUCCUUCGACAAGAAUGAGUUAUCAGCUAUCUUGAGGUUUGGGGCAGAGGAACUUUUCAAGGAAGACAAAAAUGAUGAAGAAAGUAAGAAGAGGCUUUUAAGUAUGGAUAUUGAUGAAAUUCUUGAAAGAGCAGAGAAGGUUGAGGAGAAGGUACCUGAGGGAGAGGAAGGGAAUGAAUUGUUGAGUGCUUUUAAGGUUGCCAAUUUCGGUAGUGCUGAAGACGACGGAAGUUUUUGGAGUCGCUGGAUAAAACCUGACGCUGUAGCCCAAGCUGAAGAAGCUUUAGCUCCCCGAGCUGCAAGAAACAUCAAGAGUUAUGCAGAGGCUAACCAAUCUGAGAGAAUUAAUAAAAGGAAAAAGAAGGGAGUUGAUUCUCAGGAGAGAGUCCAGAAGCGCCGCAAAGCAGAUUAUUCAGGCUAUUCAGUGCCAGCAAUUGAUGGAGCUGCUGCUCAAGUAAGAAGAUGGUCAUAUGGGAACUUGUCAAAAAGAGACGCUUCACGCUUUUUCCGUGCAGUUAAGAAGUUUGGGAAUCAGAGCCAAAUUGGCUUAGUUGCUGCAGAGGUUGGUGGGGCUGUUGAAACUGCUCCAACAGAAGCACAGAUUGAGCUUUUUGAUGCUUUGAUUGAUGGUUGUAGAGAAGCAGUUAAAGGAAGAAAUUUAGAUCCAAAGGGGCCUCUAUUGGAUUUUUUUGGUGUCCCUGUAAGGGCUAAUGACCUACUGAGCCGCGUUGAAGAACUUCAACUCCUAGCAAAGCGUAUUAGUCGCUAUGAUGAUCCGAUCUCACAAUUUCGAGCAUUGAUGUACCUGAAACCUGCAACUUGGUCCAAAGGUUGUGGGUGGAACCAGAAGGAUGAUGCGAAGUUGCUUCUGGGAAUCCACUACCAUGGAUUUGGCAAUUGGGAAAAGAUAAGAUUGGAUGAGAGACUUGGUUUAACAAAGAAAAUUGCUCCGGUGGAACUUCAACAUCAUGAAACCUUUCUACCACGGGCACCUAACUUGAAUGACAGGGCUUCUCAACUUUUAGAAAUGGAACUUGUGGCCAUAGGUGGGAGCACUUCAAAUGCGAAAGUGGGCCGCAAGGCUUCUAAGAAACAGAAGGAAAAUCUUUUGAACAUCCCAAUGUCUCGCAGCAAGGGCAAGCAAGGGAAACCAGGUUCUCCUAAACUUAAUUUCCAAAUGAACAAGGCGAGAGCUCCUAAACCCCAGAGAGUUGACCCUUUAGUUAAAGAAGAAGGUGAAAUGUCAGAUACUGAAGAAGUGUAUGAGCAGUUCAAAGAAGUGAAAUGGAUGGAAUGGUGUGAAGAUGUCAUGGUUGGUGAGGAAAAAACACUCAGACGUCUUCACAGGUUGCAGACUACCAGUGCUGAUCUCCCCAAAGAAAAGGUUCUUUCCAAAAUUAGAAAUUAUUUACAGCUUCUCGGACGAAAGAUUGACCAAAUUGUUCUAGAACACGAGGAGGAACCAUAUAAGCAAGAACGGAUGACUACACGUUUGUGGAAUUACGUCUCGACCUUUUCAAAUAUGUCUGGGGAGAGGCUUCAACAGAUUUAUUCAAAGCUUAAACAGGAGAAGGAGGAGGCAGGAGUGCUUCCAAGAGGUUGCAAAAAUGAGACCUCCUUAGAGACAUCAGUAUUAGUUCACAGGGGUUAUGAUACAGGAAAAUUUGAAGCAUGGAAGCGAAGGAGAAGAGCUGAAGCUGAUCCUCAUUCCCAUGUUGAUCCCUCAUAUCAAAGACCUACGAAUAAUGGUGCCCGUAUACCUGACCCAAACUCAAUGGGAAUUCUUGGAUCGGGACCAUCUAACAACAGAAAUUUCAGUAAUGAGAAACCUUAUAAGGUGCGACAGACUGGUUUUCCCCCGAGACAAGGCUUCUCAACAGGAAUCAAGUAGUUUUCCUCCCCUAAUGGAUGAGAGCCAGUGCAUUGGAGUGAAAAACGAGUUCGUUAUCCCCUAGUGGUAUGUUGCCGCUUCGGCCUUCAAUAUUCUCUGGAUAUUUUUUGCUCUUGAGAAUAAAUUUUUUUGCAGAUUCCUAUCGAGGAAUGUUAAGCUGAGUUGAAUCCAUUAUAUGAGAACUGCGUCUGUGAAAACUGGUGGCUGCCCAGAAAACUCGAAGAUCAUUUGAUAUUGCGGAAGAUGACAUAAAAACAAGAUACAUAAAAUCUUGCCUCAACAAUUUUCUUUUAGUUUUUCUCCUUCCAUAUAAAUCAAGCCAUUAAUUUCUUUACGUACAUAGUGGAUAGUAAAUUUUCUCCCUGGUCUUCUGAGAUAAACCUAUAUGAGGAACACGCUUUGUAUGUAUUAUGCCUUGGGAAAAGUGUACAUUAAGCAGUUUUGUAUCUCCAGCAUCUGAACCUUUAUUUUUUGUCCAUGCUAAUUAAUUAGUCUUAAUUUUGUCCAAUUAUUUUUUGGGGUAUGUUUUUCUAUUUAGUUGCAGAUAAAUUUAUUUUUUUUAAAAGUUGCCAAUAGACAAUAAUAAGAGACAUCUUCUAUUGGUCAAUUGUGUUUCACGUUGUUUAGUCGCUGUGAAUAACAUUUGCACUUUUUGA